AUGGCAGAGAAUAUCAGAGUGAUUCCAAUGCAGUCCGGACUGAACGUUGCAGUUCGCACCAGUAAUGACGACGACAUCUCUCUGGAAGGUCUGAUGUUUCCUGCCUGUGUGCUCCUGCACUGGAUCAUGAGCUCAGAGAAACCCCCAGUGUUCCCAGGGUCCUCUCCUCCAUCAGAGGGAAGGAGGCCCGAGGAUGGUCCUGUCGCCACACGUCACAGCCCCGAUACCACCACAGGGACGGAUCAGACUGUACCCGAAGAUGGAGAGCAGGACCCAGGCCGUCCCUCUGGAGGGAGGAACAUCCGGCCUGCUCACCCUGAACACAGGGUUGGAGAAGAGCUGAAGGUGCAUGAGAUCUCUGAGCCGAGUCAGCUGCAGACUCUCAGUGGGAUGAUGAGGUUGGCAGAGAAACGUUACUUCUUGUGGGAGGAUGAGGGCGCUUCCUGGAUGGACAGAAAUAAUUUGAAGGUCACUGAUCAGCCGGAGCUCCAGGGGAGGGCUUCCCUCAGCCUGCAGCAGCCCAGCAGGAAGUUAACCUCUGGCCUCCAGAGGCGCUCCUCCGCCUCAUCUACAGUCUUUAAAGACGAAGGAACGCAACUGGAAACCUUCCAGUCUUUAACCUUUCAGCCCGAGCAUAGCCGAAAGUUGGAGACUUUACAAGACGUUUGCGUUGGUCCAUAUAAUCCUCAGACACCCGAGUGCAGCCAGAGGGAGAAUCAAACCAACCAAGUAUUUCCCCGGGUCCAGAGCCAAGAACAAGCCUACGUCAACACUCCUCUCAUGCUCCAACGUGAAACUCUGCCUAUCCAAGUAAAACAGAUUACAACAGACGGAGAUGAGAAAGUUGUGAAAGCUUAUGACCCUCAUUCCAGAGAGUCAAAAUGCAGAAUUAAUCAAUUACUGUCUGAGCCGACGCCCUCUGUUAGCAAGUCUUUCACAGAGAAAAGGGUGAGGCACCGAGAAGACGAGAUUAAAGGCCCGUUUGAAGUCACAGCACCUCAUAGAAGUACGUGCGUGAGCUCAUGUUCUGCCACCUCGGAGGGUCGUUGGGAAGAAUCCCCGCAGCAGAGCAACACACAUGUCUGGACACAGCAACAUGCCAGCGCUUUGACGGACAACAGAGUUUCCCCUGGGGCCUGGAGAAAUCAGGAAGUUAUUGUUAGUUUUGAGAACGACCACAUGGAGAGCGUCUCAAGCUCUAACAUGGAAACUCUAUCCACAGUCUGCGAUGAAACAAAAACACAUUUCCAUCUCUGCCAGUGCAGCAAGUCAAGGCCAGGAAGCAGCGAAGGCUCAAACUGGGCCAAAGGUCAGAAACAAGCUACAACAACAGCAUUUUGUCUUUGUGCGCCAAACAACACAAGUCGAGUCCCGACACCUCUGAAUUCAUUUCCCACGCACUCCACCGCAAGAAGCACUACUGGUGGUGGCAGUCAGGAUGAAGAUAGAUCACCCUCCCAGUGUCACCACUUUCCCAAGCUCCCAUCCCCUCCUCCCUGCCUCGGCCUCCACGGUUCACACUUUAACCUGUCAGGGGACGACUACGCCAGCGAGGCUGAGGAGGGAUGGAUGUUCCCGGGGAUCCAGAAACACGAGAGGAGUGUUGGAUCUGGAUUAGACCCUCAGCAACAAUCCUCUUCCUGCAGCUCUAGCACAGACCAUCAAACUCAGGGGCGUCAGAACACGUUGAAGCUUCAAUCACUGACAUCAGAAAGGAAACCUGACGCUCCACAUGUUGCAGAAGCGGCACAAACAUCGAGCGGAUUUCUCAGAGAAAGAGAGGAUGAGACCGAUGAGCUGAAGAGAGGCUGCGGACGGGGAGACGAGAGUCCGGACGUGAGAAAUCAACAAAGUCUGCACAAACUGCAAACCACUGAAGUCCAGGCCCUCAGGCAGCAGAUGGAGACCCUUCAGCAGCAGUUCAAGCAGAGAGAGAGUGAUUGGUCCGAAGUUCGACACCAGCUGGAUGAGCUGAUCAGAGAAAACUCUGAGUUGAUGAAGAAACUCACAGAUGCGCCACAGUGCCGCCUGGUGGCCGGACGGUGUACUGCACACACACACGCUCACGACCAGGAGGGACGGACAGAGGGCUGCAGCCUGGUGAGACGGAAAGUGACUUCUGCAGACCAGAAGACGAAAACGUUCACGUUCUUCAACGGAGACAUCAAACACAUUUUGGAAGAUGGGAAAGUGCUGUAUUACUAUGCUGGAUCACAGACGACACAGACCGUCCACCCGACUGGUCUGGAGGUCCUUCACUUCCCCAACAAGCAGAUCGAGAAGCGACACCCCGGGGGGAAGAGAGAGAUCUUAUUUCCAGACCAGACCAUCAAGUAUUUGGAGCCUGACGGCAGCGAGAGGACGAUCUUCUCCGAUGGCACCGUCGUUCUGCUCUCACCGUCGGGUGAGAAGACGGUCGAUUUCCCCAACGGUCAGAGAGAAGUCCACACUUCCCAGUACAAGAGGAGGGAGUAUCCUGAUGGGACAGUUAAGACCAUCUACCCCGACGGACGACAGGAAACCAAGUACGCAUCAGGCCGAGUACGCACCAAGGAAAAGGACAAAGUUACCAUCUGACGUGAGCGUCGUGUGAGGAGGAAAUACUUAUAGUAGAGUAGAGUUUUAACUUUGUAGCAAGUAAGUCAUUCGUUAUUUAUUGGAAUGAGCAGCGAUAUCACACGACAAUGAUUCAAUAUAAUUAUGACCACUUUUCAACACUGAGGGGUGAAAUCACACAACAGUGUUGCUGCUAAACCUGCGCAAAUAAGACUAAAAGAAACUCAAAUUCUCAGCAAAGAGUGAAA